GGCCGGCACGCCAGCCGGGAUGAGCUCACUGCCUCGGCCUACCAGGCCGUCGCCCUGGACCAGAAGUACAACGACGCGGCCGUGCAGGUGCGGGUGCCCAUGGGCAAGGAGCCCGCGCACCUCAUGGCCAUCUUCAAGGGGAAGAUGGUGGUGUACGCGGUGAGUGCCCGGCCGGGGGGGGAUGUCUCUACCCCCGUCGCCCCGUCUGCCACUCCCCCAGUGCCAGCCCAGAGCCCCGGGGAUGAGCUCACUGCCUCGGCCUACCAGGCCGUCGCCCUGGACCAGAAGUACAACGACGCGGCCGUGCAGGUGCGGGUGCCCAUGGGCAAGGAGCCCGCGCACCUCAUGGCCAUCUUCAAGGGGAAGAUGGUGGUGUACGCGGGCUGCAGCGGGGACGAGCGGGAGAUGGCCAAGAGCGUGGCCGACCUCAUCUCCAAAACGGAAAAGCUGGUGAUCGCCGAGGGCCAGGAGCCGGCCCAGUUCUGGCUGGCACUGGGUGGGAAAUCCCAGUACGCCAGCAGCAAGCGGCUGCAGGAGGAGACCUUGUCAAUUACGCCCCGCCUCUUCGAAUGCUCCAAUCAGACGGGCACCUUUGUUGCCACGGAGAUCACCAAUUUUAACCAGGACGAUCUGGAGGACGACGAUGUCUUCCUGCUGGACACCUGGGACCAGGUGUUCUUCUGGAUCAUGGAGCAGGCCAACGCGACGGAGAAGAAGGAGGCGGCGGAGAUGGCGCAGGAGUACCUGAGAACUCACCCCAGCGGGCGCGACCCCGACACCCCCAUCAUCGUGGUGAAACAAGGCUACGAGGCCCCCACGGUGACCGGCUGGGACCCCCUGAAGUGGAGCGACAGGAAAUCCUACGAGGAGCUGAAAGCCGAGCUGGGAGACGACAGCAAGUUCAACCAGCUAGCGACUGAAUUCACAAGCCAGGAAGUGUUCACUGCCAAGACCAGCCUGAGCCAGGUGAGCUUCCAGACCUACCCCCCGGAGGCGCUGCUGAACAAGACCCUGGAGGAGCUGCCUGCGGGAGUGGACCCCAGCAGGAAGGAGGAGUACCUGUCCAGUCAGGAUUUCAGCGGCGUCUUUGGCAUGACCCAGACCGCCUUUGCGGCACUGCCCCCGUGGAAGCAGCAGGCGCUCAAGAAGGAAAAGGGGCUCUUCUGAGGGGGAGCCGCAGCGACCCGGGAUGUAGGCGGUGGAGUAUUUUUAUUGAAGUAAAAUUAAAGCUAAUUCUGAGACCAGGGCUGCGUACCUGCCCCUGCACCCCUGCAACGAGGCAGCCAAAACCGUUGCUCCCACUGGAGCCUUUCUGAGCAGGGAGGUACCUAUUUUGGCCAAGCUCCCAGCUGUGUCCGGUUGGUUUGACAGCUGCAAUUUGCGCGUGGGAUUUUGCCUUAAGCCAAGUAGCCUGGCAGCACAAAGGCCUGGAGACUGUUCACCAGGCUCCAAGGAGCUCAGCUUCUUCAACCUCGGGCUUCUUUUGACUAUUCUCCAACCUCCGGCCGGGACAGCAAAUCAAGGCAAGCACAGGAGCAGAGCUAGGAGUCAGAAUCCCAGUAACCCAGACCUGCUGCACAGCACUGGUGGGGGUAAGGGGGGGUCAUGGCAUGUCACGGUCUUAGUUUUCCCCGCUGUAAAGUAGGGCUGCUGGAUUGGAGGUGGCUAAGUGGCAUUGGCGCGAUCUUCCAUCUGCGGAGAGGUCAGAUCUUCGCAAAGCUGUUUACGUUUUCACUUGUAUUCAACCGCCUGCUGCAGCCUCCGUUCAGGUUUCGUGAAAAGACUUAUGCAAAUAUUUGUGGUGCUGGAAGUAAAGGUUUCAGCCACAGCAGGGACUGACAUUUAAAAACCCACACGCCAACAGUACUGAAGCACAGCGUGCCCUUCAGUGACCAUGGCC